UGGUUUAACAUCCGAUGCCCCAAACAUAACCCCCUUUAGUACGGGUGUGUCUCUUUAACGCAACGGUAGUCUGUCUCAAAAUGACCAAGCUAGUUCUGUACACGCUACACCUAAGCCCACCAUGCCGGGCCGUCGAACUGACAGCCAAAGCGUUGGGAUUGGAACUGGAACAGAAGAAUAUUAACCUUCUGGCUGGUGAUCAUUUGACGCCGGAGUUCAUGAAGGUAAGUUUUUUAGGGAUUAGAGAAUGUUUGUUUUUGAUCCAUCAUAUUCAACUUAACGUACGAUCAUUACAGUUAAACCCCCAACAUACAAUCCCGGUGCUGGAUGAUGAUGGUACGAUCAUUACCGAGAGUCAUGCGAUCAUGAUCUAUCUGGUGACGAAGUAUGGCAAAGAUGACACCCUGUACCCAAAAGAUCCAGUCCAGCAGGCUCGCGUAAAUGCUGCCCUACACUUUGAAUCUGGUGUACUGUUUGCACGAAUGCGUUUCAUUUUUGAGCGUAUUCUUUUCUACGGAAAAUCGGACAUUCCCGAAGAUCGAGUCGAGUAUGUGCAGAAAUCGUACCGCUUGCUGGAGGACACCCUAAAGGAUGACUUUGUUGCUGGGUCGAAAAUGACAAUUGCCGACUUUAGCUGCAUUUCUACCAUCUCUAGCAUUAUGGGCGUUGUUCCGCUGGAGCAAUCGGAGCAUCCACGUAUCUAUGAGUGGAUCGAUCGUUUGAAGCAGUUGCCAUACUACGAGGAAGCUAAUGGAGGCGGUGGAACUGACCUGGGCAAGUUUGUACUUGCCAAAAAGGAGGAAAAUGCUAAAGCUUGAAAUUAAUUCAAUUGGUUAAGCAAAAACGAAUUUUUGUUCAAUAAAAACUUCCUAUAACAAAA